AAGGAAUCUAUUCUCACCCGCAGGCUCCCGGCCAUAUCCCACCGAAUCUUCCAGGUUCCACUCCACCCACCCACCUGCGCCGCCAGCUCUAAAGGAGGCGGCGUCGGCCGGCGGGCGAGCGCACGCCCAGGCCCAAUCGAUCGAUCCCAGCUCUAGAGGGGAGGGAGCAACCAUGGCGGGGGACGGGGAGGACGAGGUGCCGGCGAUGGGCGGAGACAAGCUGAUCCUGCGGGGGCUGCAGUUCCACGGCUUCCACGGCGUGAAGCAGGAGGAGAAGAAGCUGGGCCAGAAGUUCGUGGUCGACGUGGACGCCUGGAUGGACCUCGCCGCCGCCGGGGACUCCGACGACAUCGCCCACACCGUCAGCUACACCGACAUCUACAGGAUAGCCAAGGGCGUGGUGGAAGGCCCGUCGCGGAACCUCCUGGAGUCGGUGGCGCAGUCGAUCGCCGGCACCACGCUGCUCGAGUUUCCCCAGAUCUCCGCCGUCCGGGUGAAGGUCGGGAAGCCCCACGUCGCGGUGCAGGGCGUCGUCGACUACCUCGGGGUGGAGAUACUGAGGAGGCGCAGAGAGGCAUGAGCACAAGAACCGGAGUACCUCAUAUGAGAAGCCUGAACAGAGUUGAUCUCAGUUGAGCCCAUCGAUCCCUGUGUCUUAUAUCUAUCAAUCUAUGUAUGUAUGGACAUGAUGUUUGUCUGCGCUCAAUAAUUUCUGAAUUGGGAAUCA